ACUAUAUAUAUAUUGCUAUAUAAAAAACGAUCGAGAUCGAUUUAGUGUGUGCGUGUGCAAUAUUCCAACAUACAAACAUAUGUACUUGCUGUGACGAUCCUCUAUAUAAUCCACACAUACACACCGAUACAGUUAUAAUUCGCGUGUGUGCGUGUAUAUAGAUAUAUAUAUAUAUUUGUAGAUAUAUCUAGGCAGAGUAGAAGAUAUAUGCGUAUGAGCUGAACGCGGCGCACUCUGCUCUGCUUUUUUCUUUUAUAAUUACUUUUGUCUAAAAUUAGAAAACGUGUGUGUUGUGUUCGUCGGGUGUGUGUGUGUUGCGUACGCGUCUCUGUAUUAGUGUUAGUGUGUUAGUCUGUGUCUGGUAUAUCAACAACAACAACAACAACAACACGAGCAACAGCAACAGCAACAUCAUCAUCAUCGCCAUCGUCAUCAGCGACAACCGAGACAGUGUUCGCUUGUAUGUGUGUGCCAGAAAACACUCGACAGUGAAUCAGGCAACGACUACGACUACGACUACGACUAUGUCUAUAUAGACAGAUCGCGUAUACGGCGAGACAAGCACUAGAGGCAUUAUCGGGGGGCUGGCCAGCCUACGAAAAGAAGCACACACACAGACACAUAUCGAACUGCUGUGUGAGAUACGCGCGCAGCGAGGAUUACAAUUACAACAGCAGCAGCAACAGCGCAGCAACAACAACAACGACAACAACACUGUGACGGCGACAGCGACACGAACGAAGCGUCGCAUCGCAUCACACGAACGCGAGACGAAGCAGCCAAUCGGCAAUUGCCGACGGCAGCCGAACGUGCCAAACGAAACGCGCACGAAACGCGCGCGCGUGAAAAACGUCGUGAAAAACGCGUAAACAGCAGCAACGACAAAAAUCACAAAACAAAACAAAAACAACAACAACAACAAAACUUCAAAUCAAACGCCACGCGACGACCUUAAGUCUACGCCUAACGCAGAGGUUUUUAAGCAGGGGGGCGUGGCCAGUGCGUCGACUCCAAGGCGCUCAAGUGAAACGCAGCGAACAAAAUAAUUCUAACAGCAACAUAAAUAAGUGCAGCAACAACAGCAAAAGCGAACGAAUCAACGAACGAACAACAACAAUAAUAACAACAAAAAGAAUACAAGCAGCAAUUUAUUUAUUUAAAGAUAUACGUAUACAUUUUUGCAUUGCCAAAGCAGACGAUCGGGCCAAAAUGAGUCACCAGCAGCAACAACAGCAGCAACUACAAGAGCAACAGCAACAGCAACAACAACAAGAACAAGAGCUGACAGCAAAGUUCUCAAAGUGCUUAUAAAUAUUAUGCUAGCGAUUGUCAAACAUUGACACACACACAUACACUAUACACAUACAAUCUCACACCCUCUCUCACAGUCUGUGUCUCUGUCACUCACACACCCACUCAUACAAGCUCGCUCUCUAUCUCGCUCGCUCGCGCCUCUCUCUCUCGCUGCUGUCUCUCAAAAUGCUACGAAACUAUCGAAAGUAUUUGCAGGAUAAACGAAAAUACGACAAGGCACAGCGACGACGCAGCAUCGACAGCGACAGCAAUUGUCAGGAUUAGACAACAGCAGCCACAACAGACAUUAGCAACCAUCGGUCACUAUUUGGAGCAACUAAAUACAAAGACGAAGAAGUGAGAGCUUGAGCAAACACAAUAAGAAGAGCAGCAACAUCGACAGCAAUUCGAUUUGUUGAGUUUUGGGAUUGUAAAUAAAGCUAGGGCAACAGCAACAACAACUUUGGAGGACGCCAUGUAUGCGCAACAUGUGCGCAAAUGGAGUCUAAAAACGCAACUGCAACAAAUGCCAUUGAUAUCGCUAGCAAUCUACGUCAGCAACAUGUUGCUAUUGAUCACAUGUGCGCCGACGAUAACAGCAACAGCCACAGCAACAGCAACAGCUGCAGCUGCAACAGCAACAAACACACAACAUCACACAUUAUGGGAAGCUGAAGAAAGCAGCUAUUACAUUGCAUUGCCCCAACAACAGCAGCAACAACAACAGCUGGCGGCGGACAAUGGCAGCAGUGGGAGCAGUGAAAGCGACAACAACAGCAACAGUAACAACAACAACAACAAUAUAUUAAGUAGGCUGCUUAGCCGGCCAAGCAAUAGUCUUAGUAGCACUAGCACUAGCAACAUUAAGUUAAGGCCAGCAACAGUAUUCGACGCACAGCAGCAGCAGCAGCAGCAACAGCAGCAACAAGUUCCAAAUACGCUAAUCAAUAGUCAAAUAAAUAAAUUAUUAUACAACAACGGCAAUCCGAGCUUUGCGUUGAGCAGUAAAGCGCGGCGACAUGCGUUGCCACAACUACAACAACAACAACUCAGCAGCAGCAGUAGCAACAUCAAUGCUGCGCGGCAGCAACCACAAGAUGAUGUUGCCUUUAACUAUAAUAGCAAAGUCAGAGCAGCAAUCACACGCCAUUUCAUCGCGUCCUACGAAGUGCCAGAGAGCAGCCAAGUCAACGAUCAAACGGCGCGCAAUCGUCGCGAUUUUGGCAACAUCAGCAACAGCAACGUGGGUAGCCAACGACAACAGCGUGCUAACAACAACCAUCGAAGGCAACAGCAGCAGGAUAAACGCGAGCAUCGCCGCCAGCGGCAGCAGCAACGCAAAGAGCAGCGACAGCAGAAGGAACAACACCAGCAGCAACAGCAACAUCAACAGCAAAGGCAACAGCAGCGGCAACAACAGCGUCGCAAGCAUCCGCGAAAGCAUCGAAAUCGCUGUCGAUCUGGACGCUAUUGCUCAGCGCGUGAUCCCGCCCAGCUGGCGUUUGUAGCGCCCACCGUUUUCAUGGGCGUCUUCACAUCGAUGACAGCCGAUCGUCGCGCCAAUUUCUCGGCCACAAUGAAAGUGUUGCAGGUGUACAAGCAACAACGCGAUCUGCAACUGCCGCCGUUGGUGCGAUUGCAGUUCGCAUUGCGCAACGGCAGCGGUGAAUGCGACAUCUACAGGGAGCGAUUGCUGCCACGCGGAUUGGUCCGUGGCAACGAUCUCGAGCAAUCCUCGGACGUCACUUACAUGAUGUUCGUGCAGCAAACGAAUCCCGGCAACUUCUCCAUCCUCGGACAGCCGAUUCGUGUCACGCACUCGGUGCUCGAGUCAGUCAAAAUGGCUGUGAAUGAAACUUAUGCACAGAACGCAUCGAUUACGUCGAUCACAUCGAAUCCGACGAACACGACGAUCGAGAACGGAAGGGAGCUGAGGAUCAUAUGCAAGGUGGAGGGCAGGCCGCCACCAAAGGUGACCUGGUUCAAGGACGACAAGUCGAUAAAUCGCAAACGCAAUGUUUACCAAUUCAAGCAUCACAAAAGACGCGCCGAGCUGGUUGUGCGCUCCUUUAACAGUUCCUCCGAUGCGGGCAAAUACGAAUGCCGGGCCAAGAACAAAGUCAGCAAAAAACACAUUGACAAACGCCGCAUCAUGAUCAAUGCCUAUCCAGUUGCCACACGGCCGGAUCAGAGCAACUGGGGCUAUCCAUGUAAAGAGGAGAAUGUUUGCUUUCACAACGGCACCUGCAUGCUGAUACCGGAUAUCUCUCAGUACUAUUGCAAUUGCCCGGAGGAUUACUAUGGUGUCCGUUGCGAGAACCACUCGUCAGACAGUAUGUACAGCAAAAAUCCCGACUGUGACUACCAGUAUAUUGGAGAUAUUUUGUUGCAAUCUACGGCCAAAUACAUACCUUAAUUAAUGACUAUUUUAAUGCAUAGAAUUUUUAUUUAAACAAACAAACAAACAAAAAAAAGAAAACUGCAAACAAAAGUACUCCCUGCACUCCAACGCCGACAAUUGUAAUUUUUUAGUAUUAUGUUUAAAAAAUUAUACAAUUUGUUGCACCACACACAAAAAAAAAACAAAAAAGCAAAAAACCACAUAAAAUUUACAGCACUGUUCACAUCGAGUGUGUGAACGUUGCUUUUAAAUUUGUUGCAACUACAAAAAAAAAAUAUAUAAAAAAAAAAUUAAACGAAAAGAAUUCAAUUGAAACGAAAUGAUUAACCAGAUGCAGACUGACACUUCCCGUUCUAUUUGGCGUUUUGUGCACGGUGACAGAAAUUUGUGUAUGAAGAAAUUGAAUCAAAAUUUGAAUUUAUUUUAUUUUUGUACUUUGUAUUGCGAGACAACAAAUUCAAAAGAAGUUAAGAAAGUAAACGAGAAAACAAAAACAAAAACAAAAACGAAAACAAUAACGAAAAGAUCAUAAAAAGAAAGUAAGAUACCGAUUGACCCUGACACUGACACUGUUGCGCUUUUGUUGUUGUACCAUAGACAUACUAUACUAUACUUUAUACUUACUAUACAUAUAGAGUAUACGUAGCUGAGAACUUGUAAUAAACCAUGUAUAUAUCAUAUAUUAUAUCUACAUAUACUUACUAUCUAUAUACAUAUAUAUAUAUAUGUAUAUUCGCUAUAAUUCACUAUAAGUUUUGUGUACAUUUCAAACUAUGUUUUAAAAGAGCUUAACUAUAAUUUAUUUUGUACUUCAUGAAAUAUUUAAAUUAAACAUUAUCCCUAAGUACUCGUACAUAAACAUACACACACACACACAUUUACACAUACUACUAAAGCUACUUAAUUUCGAAAUACUAUUUUUUGCCCAUUCUAUGUGUUUAUUUUUUUGAAUACCAUUAUUAUUAUUAUUAUUUGUAAUUAAAGUGAAUGAAAAAUGUAAAAUGCAAAUUUAUGUAGUUCUUAUGUAUAUGUUGACAUCAGUUUGUACUUAUUUUGAUUAGACGUAGGACAUGCGGCGAAGAGAUUAUUUUUAGUUAUAUAAUUUAAGUCAAAAUUUUUAAUUUAAUUAUCGAAAGAUUUAUACCAAAAAUACCAUGUAAAGCUUAAUUUUAAUUCAAAAACAAAAUGAAGCGUAAGAAAAAAUUUCAUUAAAAAUUUGCAAAUACUUCACA